ACACCACAUCAACAAACCAUGGAGAACGAACUGAAAGGUUCAGAUACUCUUGAUAGUUCCAAAGCUUUGCCACUUGAGAAGUCUCAGUUGGAGCAUUUGAACUAUUAUGUUCAACUAGAAAUGUUAUGCUCAAUUGUGAUGCUUUUCGUCCACAUUUCUUGUGAUUUCACAAGUAGAGUACCACUUUCCCUCGUCAAACGCUUCCCACCCUUUACCCUUGACAUUGGUUUGAGUUCUGGAUAUCUUGACAGCUUAGUGGAUUUAGUCCAACUGUUUUUGAAAUCAUUUCCUGGUCCUUUACAUGAAGCUUUUGCGUCUCUUUCUCAUUCUCAGCUAAAAUCAAGCUUGUCUAGUUAUAACAACAACAUGUUUACUUUCAGUGGCUUGGAAUUUACUUGGUUCAGAGAUGGUGAUAUAGAUACAUAUUACAACAACUAUAAGGGUCCCAAUAUCGUUUACGGUAUUACUAAAACAUUUGUUGAUCAAUUAAGUGCAAGCACAAACUAUACGUCAGAUGAACUCUUAGGUACCCUAUACAAUACUUAUUCCAGUUCAAUAAAAGACAUGUGUUUUAAUCCUACAUCCUUCAACUUGACUGGGUUGGGAGAUUAUGAUAUUUGUCAAUUGCACAGAUACAAUACCUCUGGAUAUGCAAGCCAUGUGUUAUUAUCAAUGUUUCACUUUUCCAUAAUAAUUGUGAUGGCAAUUCAAACAAUCGAACUGAUGAUGAACAUCUUUGGAAAGGUAUCCAUCGUUGAAAUUGCAUUCAUCAAGAAGGUUUUCUUAGGUAUCGAGAAUACAGUAUUGAUUUCCUACGUCUACAAAUCUAUAUUUAUGCAACGCAAAGUCAAAGCAUUCUUGCAGGAAAAUUCCGUUGGAACUUUGACAGUGGACCCCUUCACAUUCUUGUUUGUGGGCUAUUUUUUGUACCAAAUCAGUCUUCAGUCUGUUUUACACAGUGAAGUCACAAGAUUGAAGUUGUUGGAAUGUUGGAAAUGCCCCAUCUCGGCUAAAAAGAAGGCCAUUCAGCGUUGGGGGUUGUAUGCAUUUUUGUUUCUUUCUAUAGUCCCCACUAUAUUUAUAGUUAGUUUAGUAUAGCACUAUUUAGAAUGCCCUAGGUGCAAUUUAAUUUUAGCUUUUAUAUACAGAAGUAUGUUGUCCAAAAUUUGUUAUGAUUGUUAUCAACAUUUGCGGUGCUGCGUUGUCUCUCACCCGCUAAUUUAGCGUUUUUAUGAGUGAGUUUUAGCUUAGAAUUGCUUCGACAUUGGAAAUACCCCAUGUCACCUAAAAUCAAAAAUAAACUCCAUUCAGCGAU